CAUUUAGUUCGAAUGUAGAGACAGUAAUAAAAUUUGCAGUUGAUGCAGCUGUGAUUCCCUUAUCAUUUUUUUUGUUUGAUUAUAACGCGGAAUAUUAUUUUUCUAACGAACAAAAACAGUUGAUGUAUAUGUCCUUCAAACAAUAAAAUAGUACACUACAGUGGUCAAAUAUUUAUAUACUUGCAAUUUUCAUACACGGAAGAUUCGCUAGAUGUAUUUUAAGGUAGAAGAAAGCGAUGGCAUUUUUAAACAAUCACCAUACUAAGGACGAGGACGAUCGUAUUCAAAUUCUUCCCGAGUUAGAUGUAUGGUCGGUGAUUAGAAAAAUUGCACUCAGUGGCGUUCAAGAGAACCCUUUCUACGUUUGUGAUGUUCCCGAUCUCAUCCGGAAAUAUCAAAAUUGGAAAAAGACUAUGCCUCGUGUCACCACACAUUACGCUGUUAAAUGCAACGACAGUAGGAUAGUGCUAGAGACUUUGGCAGCUCUUGGCAUCGGUUUUGACUGUGCCUCGGAAGGAGAAAUCAGGAAAGUGCUUUCAUUGGGUGUCCAUCCAAGCCGGAUAGUGUACGCCAAUCCGACUAAGAAGGAGUCGUACUUAAAAUAUGCCGCCGCGGUAGGGGUGGAUUUGAUGACGUUCGACAACGAGCAUGAGUUGUACAAAAUUAAGAGUUUUCAUCCGAAUGCAAAGUUGCUCAUUCGAAUCAAAUGCGACGAUUUAACGGCGUUGUACGUCUUCGGGGAGAAAUACGGAUGUGACUAUGAAACUGAGGCUGCGGACCUGUUGAAAACUGCCUUUUCUUUGGACCUAAAUGUUGUAGGGGUGGCCUUUCACAUUGGUUCCGGUAGCAAAAAUUUUUCGAUAUUCAAAAGCGCUUUCGCUGCGGCGAGACACGUCUUCGACGAGGCCGCCAAAGUGGGUUAUGAUUUUAAUUUGUUGGAUAUAGGUGGGGGAUUUCCCGGAGAAAAAUGUACAUCCAUUAAGGAGAUUGGCGGAAUUAUAAACGAGGCCAUAGAAGAAUACUUCCCUGAUCCGACAGUCCGUAUUACAUCUGAGCCCGGUCGGUACUACGUCAAUUCCGCUUUUACUCUAGUUACGAGUAUCCACUCACUAAAAGCCACAAAAACCCAGACUAACGAGAGAUCUUACGCUUACUACGUUGACGUUGGGGUAUACGGAGGACUCAUUCCAAUUCUAUUCGACGAGAAUUACUCGUUCCAACCACUAAAUACCAAAAUCGGCGGCGAACUCUAUCCCACCGUCAUUUGGGGACCCACAUGUGAUUCCUGGGACAAACUAGCGAAGAAUAUUCUGCUUCCCAAAUUGAAUAGUGGCGACUGGCUGGUGGUGGAAGACGCUGGUGCGUACACCGUGGCUAUGUCAUUCGAGUUUAAUGGCAUGGACACGCCCAAAGUGCACAGCGUCAUUGAUGAAAAUAAUUGGAAAUAUUUAACUCAAGAAGUACCUUUCCCUAUGGCUGUGGAGAAAUUUGUCCGAGGGACGACUCUGGAUAACUACAGAACGGGACUAAGUAGCUCAAACAAAUUUAGGACAAAUUAUUUUUAAAGAUCCCUGAAAUUAGCAAAUAAAUAACAUUCGCACCG